AUAAAGACCCACCCCCAAUGCACACAGAAGUGGAGAAGAAAAACAAAUCGUGCAAACAACAGAAGUGAGCGCCAACAACAGCAUUCUGAACCAAAUUGAGUCUUAGCUUCGUGGAGAGAGGAGCCUCCAGUAUAUCUGGGCCAGCAUUUAAAUUGUUCAAACAGCAGAUUGUACCUUGCACUAGGAACCGGGUCUCACUGUGGCAAAUCAAUCUGGGCCUACAGUUCACUGCAGAAGAAAUUGUUCUCAACCUCUCCAAAUUGGCUGGGCACCCAGUGCAUUGCAACCUCGCCCUGCCCUUCCAGUCUGUAUGGACCAGCAUUUAGAUUGUCGAAACAGCAGAUUGUACCUCACAUUAGGACCUGUACCUUGUUGCCGCAAAUUGCUCCGGGUCUAGAACACGCCGGCCAGCAAUUCACUUUGGACCUGGAUUUUGCUGUUAAAGACCUCUCCAAAUGGGCUCGUCAUUCAGAGCGAUAUACCUCUCACCUGGGUCUUUUGGAGGAACAUGGCUCAAGAAACCAACCAGACUCAAGUGCCUAUGCUGUGCACCACUGGCUGUGGAUUUUAUGGGAACCCACGAACGAAUGGCAUGUGUUCUGUUUGCUAUAAGGAUUUUCUUCAGAGGCAAAAUAAUAAUGGCAGAAUCAGUCCUGGAUCUGCCAACUUGAGCAGUUUAACAGAUGUGUAUCCUGUUCAAUGCACAGAAGGAAGCCCCUCAGAAUUAUCAUCAUCAUUCUCUUCUUCUACAUCUGGCCAUUCUAGUCCACAACCUGUAAUGGGAAGAGGGAAAAGGGGAAGAAAACAAAAAGAGAAGAAGGGAAGAUCUAUUAAAAAAGAGGGAAGAAAGGGAAGGAAGAGAUCGGUGUCCAAUCAGUUGCUGCUAGUAUCCCAAGAAUCUGUAACAAAUCCCCAAAGCGAUGGAGACCAUACAGAAGAUAAACAAGAAAUAUCCAAAAAAGAAUUACAGGCCUCUACGUCAAAAGAAAUUGCACAGACUUCUUCUGAUGGACAGGACAAGUCCCCUGAAAAACCCAAACAGAAGAAGAAUCGUUGUUUUACCUGCCGCAAGAAAGUGGGACUUACAGGAUUUGAUUGCAGAUGUGGAAAUCUGUUCUGUGGAUUACAUCGUUACUCUGAUAAACACAGUUGUCCUUAUGAUUACAAAGCUGAUGCUGCUGAAAAAAUAAGGAAAGAAAAUCCUGUUGUAGUUGGAGAGAAGAUCCAGAAGAUUUGAACUGCUACUUAGAUUAAAUUUCUUUUUCUUUUAAACCACGUGAACCUAAUUAAACAGCGGAGAGGAUAAGCUGAGCUUUGUAGUUCAUUCUGGGAAUUUGGAGCAUUGUACUUGCAUAGAUCUUUAAAUCAUGCAUGCACGGACAAUAGAGUCUGAGAAAUGACUGAAGAGUUCUUUCACUUUUCUUUGAAUAUUCUGUGGUUGGAAAAUUACUGCAUAUUUAGAAGCAUCCAUUUUACAGCCAUAUUAAUCUUAGUUAAGUGUUGAUCUUAUUUUUAAAGCAAAGUAGAAGUAUUGGAGGGCUGUGCUUUUCCAAUAUUACAUGCAUGGUUCAGGUUUGCAUUUCUUCUUUUGUGUAUGUGGCCUUUCUCUGCAGCACGAUUUUCUAACAUAGCAGGGCACAAAUGGGCCUACCAGUAACUGAAUGUAUGCUAAUCUCUGCUUUCUUCUGUUUAUGAGAAGGCCCUCAUGCGUUGGCAUCCUAGCUUGUUUGCUGCUCCAUUUCAUUAUUUAUGUACUUCAAGCAAAUGUAUGUGGUUUGAUUUUACAGUAUGUAUCCUGAUUGGAAAGACUUCAUACACACUUCAGUGCUGACUACAAGUAUAAUCAGAAAAACGCCAGUGAUGCUUAACUCUGAGCAUACAUGAAACAAGGAUGGUAAUUGUGCUGUAUUUAUGUUAGUUUAUUCACUGUCUUAACUUUGAUUAAAUAAAAUUAUAAAG